AACAGACAAGAGUAGGACGUAGAAACCGAGUCUACUGAUGUUGAGCACGAUCAUGGUAAUAGUACUCUUCCCUAAGCUUUGCUGUUCAAGAUGCGUUGUGUUGUGCGAGAUGAAAUUGGGAGUUGCCAGUGCGCCCUUUAAAUAUCAGUUCCAUCCCGGAGAAAUUAUGCAAAAAAGAAUAAGAGCCUUCGCAAAUUCUCGCUGCAUUGUUCAUCCAGUGACUCGGUUGCAAGUUUCGUCAUCAUGCGGAGCCGGGUUCCCGUUAUCACUCGGAGUCAGGUUCCCGACUUCCCGUUUCAUUAACGACGCAGCGUGUUGUCUGAAUGUCAUUUUCAGAUGAUAUAAAUCAUAAGAUGUAUCCCACUGUGUGCUGUCAAUGCUGUUGGAAUGGGGCUGUUUGCUAUGGUUUGCGUAGCUUAGUCAGCAGCGUAGGGCCUUCAUCAUUGCUAGGCAUCCCCAGAGGCAGGCAGGCUCUUGGUCUGCACCGCUCCACUGUGA